GUCAGAUGUCGAGCAAUUUUAAAGUCUAGCAAAAGACGUAAAUAAAGUCAAAUUUAGUCAAACAAAUUGUAAUAGUACUUUGCUUUGUCAAUUUUGUGUAACAAAAAGAAGUGCACAUAGCUGAAGGUUAUUAAACGAGUACUAUUGAUUCGUGACUGUAGCUGACGACAUCGACAUGGAGAACAAAUCGUCUGUUUCGGCACUCCAGGAAUUUUGUUCUCAAGCAAAAACUGGGAACCCCUUUUAUGAUUAUAUUGAUGGUGAAGAAGGUGGCUACAUAUGCAAAGUCGUUCUAAUGGAUGUCGAAGCCUAUGGAAAUGGGCGAUCGAAGCGCGAUGCAAAGCACUUGGCCGCCACUAAUAUAAUGAGAAAGCUGCCGAAUCUUGCCGGCUCUGGCCUAGCUGCUGGCAGCGAUGCAGAUGGCAGCGACAACUUUAAUGUCAACAAAAAAGCAGAGGAGUUGACGAACAUGAAUCGUGACAUGCUGAAGGAGCUGCGCGACUAUUGCGUGCGUCAAGAUAUGCCGCUGCCGACCAUUGAGAUUGUGCAGCAAAGCGGGACGCCAAGUGCUCCCGAGUUUGUCGCCUGCUGCUCGGUGGCUUCCAUCAAGCGCUACGGCAAAUCAGAUAAGAAGAAGGAUGCACGUCAGCGCGCUGCAAUUGAAAUGCUUUACGUCAUUUCAGAAGAUGCGAAUAGAGCUAAUGCCGGUAAUCAGCUGGUAGACCCCAAAAUGAAAAACGCCAGCGAUCUGGAAGACACCUUGGAGGAUGCGGAAUCCGAGCGUCGUCGCAAGUUCAAAACAUUUCGUGAACUGACCGAUGCCGGCGACGACGAUAACUUGGCGAUUAAAAUAUGUGAUCGGCACAAAUACUUUAAAACAUAUUAUUCCCAUCUGAAGGAGGCUGCUUUUGAGGCAAUCAAUUCCAAUGAGUAUGUUUCGUCCAAGGCACAAUCCAUGGCCAUCCUGGAUGCACUUAAGUUGACGUCACGAACUACAAGACUGGAGUCAGAAUCUUUGGAGCCAGUUCUGAUGAUCGAACUGAUUUGCGACUAUGAUGCCUGUUUUGUAGGAUUGGAGAGCGAGAUCUACCAGCAAAUUAUCGACUACUUUCGAAUAAUGUUAUUUUAGAGUGUUCUGUUUAACAAGUAUAUUAACUAAUAUUUAAAUUGCAAAAAAGAGAAAACGAAAACAGGAAGAAGUGUCUGCAUUUCUUCAUACAUGUAUGUUAUAGGCUACAAGUAAUAAAUACAUGUAUUUGUAAAUACAAA